GUCGAAAGAAGAAGGAGCCUAUUAUCAAAGCUUUAAAUGAUGGUGAUAAGGGGAAAAUACAAAAGCCAGCUCUUGCAGCUAAACGAGCAACUGAUAGAACUUUAAAUUAUAAUUUACAUUUAAUUAAUACACCUUGUUAUACUACAAUACAUUCAUCAUCAUAUUCAACUAAUAUAUAUCUAUCUACCCCAAUACCACAUUUAUCAUAUUCGAUUGAUACGCAUUCAUUUAUAGCACAUAAUAUGCAUCUAUCUACACCACGUAUGCUGCGUUCAACUAAUGCAUGUUCAUUUACAUCUCACUCUAAUAAUACAAAUUUUAAUGAUAAUGUUUUUCAAUCAAAUACAUCUAAUGUGUUUUAUUCGAAUAUUUCUUUAAAUGAUAAUACUGAUAUUAGUCUGACAUUUGAUGCUUUCAAUGAUGAUAAGUUUCAUUCGAAUAAUACAUUUUUUCGAUCAAAUAAUAUAGAUUUUACACCUUUUCCUUACAAUAUAUACAUGUCGAUGAAAGCAUUAGUUAUGAACAAAUUUAACUUUAUUUUGCCAAAUUGUAAUUCAUCAAUGUCAGCAACUUCUGCAUCAUAUGUACAAGAAGACAAG